AGUAACCUUCGCGCCGGCCAUCUUGUUUUGAUAGAAUUUCAAGAAAUUUUUCUCCCUGAAUGUAGCAAAUUUUCGUGGUGGGAUCACCAUGUCUUCGACGCAAACAGUAACACACGGAAAAUUGCAGCCAUCUAGGACUCAUGACUACCUUUACGGUGAGAAAUUCUCAGACUUUUUUAGGAAAUCAGUUACCCUGGCUAAGCUAUAGUUGUUCACAGUUUACUGCAAAAGUAUCGAAUAUUCCAUGGAUAAAACUUUCUGCAAAUACCCAAACCAAUUUGCUACAUUUUACGUUAAUAUUAAUGUUUAUUCUUAAUUAGAAGUGGAAAGUUAUAAAUAGUAAACUCCUUGAACCAAGUGUUUGGAAUCAAAAGUUAAAGAAUCCAAUUUUCUACAAAAUAGAACAGAAUGGCUAUGGUGUCCUUUUUUUAUCAUUAUGGCAAAUUUCUACCGACCUUGAGGUUACUUGAGGUUAGAAUCAUUUAUAUUAAUUGGUGGUUCACUCAAUCCAAUGACAAAGAAAACUCCUGUUUCUUUUAGAUCCUCUGUUUUCAUUGUCAAGUGACCGGGAUCAUGCCAGAUCCACAUUCAAGGCCCAUACAGGAACUGACAGAAUUGUAAGUACAUGUACUUAUCAAAAAGUGCGGAGGACUGUACAUGUAAACCACUCAUAAGUUUGAUGUCCACUGUUAUUUUAAUAGGCGACGACUCCUGACUCCUAAAGCCAUGGCUUUUCAACCUCCACUCCUACAAUGUAAUAACAGCAUGAAAAAAAUAUGCAAAACAAUCAACUUUCUUGUUUGAAAAAUCACAAGAAAUAAAUACAACAAUCCAAAAGUUCUGCCAAAGAGAUUGUGAGAAUUUAAUAAUAUGGAAGAUAAAUUAUUUUGCACAACCUGGAUACCUUGCAUGCAGGUAGCUCACAAUAUUAUUUUCUUUUUUGGAAGAAAAACUUUAUGUGUGUGGUUUUUUUUUACAUUGGUGUGUGGACAUACAAAACUACAAAAAGAAAAAACCCACAAUAAAGGUGUCUUUGCCCAUGGUGUGAAGUUCUGGUACAAAUCGCUAAACGCGGUGAUAGGUUCUAUGUCAUAAGUGAACCUUCAUUGUCUGCCAGUUCCCAAAUUUAUUCCUCGUCAGUGGAGGGGAUAUGCCGAACAAAACAGAGAAGCUCUCAUCAGAUACACCACGUAAAUUUGGUUUAUUGUUUAAAACUACAGAAAAUUAUACAUACAUGUAUGACUGUAUAAUAUUACUGUAAUUAUUGUUUUAGGGGAUAAAUCCAAGUGUAGGGAUUUUUUAGAGUUGUGAGACUUUUAUUGAAUGUUUUUACUGUAAUUUUCAUUUAAACUGCACCUUUUCUCCCUGUGUAGAUUUAAUUAUGAUCCAACAGUUCAAGUUCCUCCCAAGGAUUAUCCUCAUGUUCCUGUUUCUGGCCAAGACAGAUACAAGUAUUUUCGCAGACCAAUCAUCCCAUUCUUGCAGCAAGUUCCUCCAGAUGUCUUUCUUCAGUCAUCCAGGUAAGAUACAUACUACUUUGUUCAACACUUUUGUUCAAACUACAUUGUAGAGGUUAUUGCAUGCUGUCUAUUGAAAUUUAGAACAUUUUGAUACUUAACACAGCAAAGUUAAGUCAAUGAUACUGAUCCAUGCAUUAAUUGUGUUGCUGGAGAUGAAUUAUUCCUCUCCAACAACACAAGAAUUCUAUUAACAAAUGCUGCUUAUACUACAUGUACAAUGCAAAGCAAGGCAAUACCACUGCAUAACACAUACUGAUAUUAAAUUCACAUCUUAGUGACUAUUAUUUUAGCCAGUCAAUCACUUGUUAGCCUGGCUACAACACUAGUUUUCUUCUUGCUUUGGAAGAAUGUACUACGUAUCACCCCAAUAUAAGAGUCUGAACAUGCUUACAAAAAUGAAUAAUUGUCUGCAUCUGUUUUAAUGUCACAGUUAAACCAAAAUGUAUUCGUAUUUUUCUUAGUAUCUUCACAUCCGUUUUGCCCUGAAAGAGAGAAUCCUAUGAAGUUUUUGGUGUAUUUCUAAUUAAAAUAGAAUUUGUCUUCGCAGAAGUAUAUUUUCAAAGUACUUAAUUCCUACUUCAUCCUGCAACCAGGAUAAAAUGCCACUUGUGAAGUUCUUUUUAAGUAUACUUAAACUCUACUUCACCUGGAAAGAAAAUAAGCAGUUAUACUUCAAGUAUACUUCAAAAUAUGGCCACUACAACUAUACAGUGUUCUACAGUAACUGAGGUAAACUUAAAGUAUACUCUUGGUAAAUGUAGUAUACUUCUAGUAUACUUAAAGUCGUCUUUUAGGUACUACAGUAUAGCCGGUUAUGACAUUCACAUUUGCCUGGUGCAAAAAGCAUAGCUUCCACGGGAUUUUUUUCCUCAGAGAGAGCUCCACUAUAAGUUUGCUUAAAUUGACUCGGAGCAGAAGUCUACGUUUUUUGUGUGUGUUCUGUCUUUCUUACUUAAGAAACCAUAUUUCUUUAUUUAGAUAGUGAUGAUCAAUACAUUAAUUUUAUUUAAAUAAUAACUUAUAUAUUUACUGCACCGUCUUUUAGGUUAGACCCACUUGCUGGUCCUGAAUUGGAAGCAGAGAGGCCUCCAACCCCAGCUACACGUACAGUAGAGGUGCAAACAGACUACAGGGAUAGUGAAACACAAACAGACCCUUACACACCAGAGUAUGUGGUACGACCAGGCUCACAACCUGAACUGCUCACACUGGCAACCCUUUCCUAUGGUAAUAAUAUAUACUACAUCCUGUGAUCAUUGUACACAGUACAUAUUUAUAUAUGUACUGCAAAGUGUCUUACUACAGAAUGUAUGUUCUUUAGGUUGUUAUUAGAUAGCUCACUUAUUUUUUGACUCACAGGUGUAAGCACAGUGUAAAUUCAUGGUCUCAACAAUUUUAAUGCAGUCCUCUCAGAAAUUAAUCAAGACUUAUCAGGGUCUCGGGUUACAGUGGUUCACUUCAAAAAAAAAAAAAAAAUUUGGAGUAUGAAGACUUGCAGAUCCUGUUUUCCUCAGGUUUGUGGUCUAGCAUAUCAGUCAGGUGAUCCUUCAUCACACAUCCUUAAUUUUUGGAAAGCAGUGUAUACAUUCAAGUGGUAGGUCCAGAACAGCCAUUGAAGGGAUGAGCACCUGACUGAUAAUCUACUUGUAGAUCAGAUGAUUGGGACUUUGAGAUAGUGUGAAAAUCUUUUGGCAUAAAACUCUUUGCUCUGUGUCAGACAUUUUAUCCUGAUUUUAUAUUACUUUUUCAGAGCAGGAAAUUAAUCUUUUCAGUAGAUUACAUUCAUAACAUUUGGCUGUAGAAUAUCUAACAAUUCACAGUAUAAUCUCCUUACUUUGUAUUGUUUGGCCUGGUGGGCUCCUCAAAAGAUUUCUAACAGUCUUUGCAAUAUACCUUUUCAGCAUUGCAAAUGCAAGCUAUGUAUUCUUAGGUGAAAAACAAUGUGAUGUGUACAUGUAGAUUCUUUCCUGUAGGUCAUGGUUUGCCAGCAGGAUUAGCAGAAGUUGAGAUGAUUGAGAGAGCCAGAGCUAAACGAGCUUGGUAAGUUGUUUGAAAGACUUUCCCCUUUUUCUAUGUGCUGUUAACAUGUUUCUGUCUACUAACUGAAAACAGCCUAGGUACACUGUAUACAGGUUAUUAUAGUCAGGGGAAAUCCCUGUCCAUCAGGCCCUUUGUAACAAAAGCCAUGUAAACAGUAAUGUAGUGCAGCACAUGCUUUCCUGACAUUGCAGCAUGCCUAUAUGCUGUUUGAAGCAGCAUUUAUUUACCAUGUGAUUGGCUGAUAGGAAGGGAACAGAUACGUACCCCUGAAAUUUUGAAGGCAGUAAAUUUACAACAUCUUUGCUUGAUACUUGUUCUCUUUUAGGGAGGCAACUCUUCCAGCUCUAAAUGAUACAGAAAAUCUUGAAAAAAGGAAGAAGAUGAUGGAUGAACAAGAGAGAAGAGAAUGGGCUUUCAGAGAACAAGAGAUUGAAAAGUGAGGAUCUUGCAAAAUUGUCAUUAUCCGCAACUGUCAAAAAUGAUUAUGAUAUAAUAAUCGGAUUUUUAAACAGAUAUAUCCAUUAGCCUAUGUAAGAGAAUGGGCUUUCAGAGAACAAGAGAUUGAAAAGUGAGGAUCUUGCAAAAUUGUCAUUAUCCGCAACUGUCAAAAAUGAUUAUGAUAUAAUAAUCGGAUUUUUAAACAGAUAUAUCCAUUAGCCUAUGCGAUGGGCUAGCUGUGGUACAAGAAUCUUACGUCUGAAUAAAUCAGUUAUUUAUAAAUUGACAAUUAUUAAAAUUUAGUUAAGAAGUAUAUUAUGAAAUCACAAAAACUGUCCAUUCAAGUGUUGUUGUACUGUAAACAUCUCAAAAUCAAAGUUGCUACAGUGUCACAUUCUUUGUUUUGCUAGUGUUUAAAAGAUCUGCCUUAAAUAUUGCCUUCAACUCUUUCAUACAUGUAUCUUCCUGCAAUUAGUUACAGGAUUUGUUUCUACUGAGUAUCUUAUUGUUGGUUUAACUGAAGUAUGCGUUUCCCCCCUCAAAUUAGUUGUUCUCUUUCUUUUUCUAAGAUUACAAGAGGCAAGACUUGAAGUGUUGAAGAGAAUUCUUGAACAGAGAGAAGAGGACCAUGCAGAACUGAAUACCAAGAGACUUGAUAGAUUAUGGUCAGUUUAUGAAACACAACUUAUAGUUUGCUUAAGUCUUGAAUGUAACUAUGUUUUCCUUGAUAUUCUCUAAGGCGUAGCACAAACCUCGAGAUUAACUUUUCAUAAAACUCUAAUCACUGUCUAAUUUGGGUCGACCCAGGAUCCUCUGUUGAGUCAGACGUCGAACUUAGGAAGCAUAGCUAUGCGUUGAACCAAUCAACUGAAACAGAUCCGUAAUAUUUUCCUAUGACUGCUUUUCUUUGCUCCGUGUCAUCCCCUUUAAAUGCGACACAAGAUGUUGGCAGGAUGAGCAAGGACAAUAGCAAACUUAAUACUGUUAGCUAAACAAUUGCAACUGAUUACCGAAUAAAAAUGUUUACCUUAAUAUGAUUGUUAACCAGUGAAUAAUGAUCCGGGAAAGUGGGAUCGCUAAUCAUAGCACUUAAACAAAAUUUGUGCAUGGUACAUGGCUUUUAAGUCCACAGGAUAUGGUAAGUAUUCGUCAAAUUAUUUUUUUGUCUGUCUUAUCUUUUUUCAGGUCAAACAAACAACAAGAAAAAGAGAAAAAAUUUCAAAGAAUUCAAACAGAACAUAUUAAAAGUGAGUGCUGACUGCCCAGAAUUACAGUGCCUCUUAACCUCACAACGAUCUUAUCUAUGAUAACUAUUUGCUUAUGACAACUUGAGGUUUGAUAAACUACAUAUACGUUGUUAAGGACAAAUUCUUGAGGGCUCUUUAUAACUAAACAUGUACAUCUAAUAAACAGCCCGAAUGGGCUCUUGAGUCAAUGGCCCAUAACACGGCUGAAGGCCGAAUGGACUAUUGACUCAGAAGCCAUGAGGGCGAGAGGAAUAAUAAUUAUUGUCUUAGUAAAAUCCAACUAGUUGGUCAAAAAUAUCGAGACAAAACAACUUUAGCAAGCAAAAGCGCGAUUCAGCCACCAUUGUUUUGGUUUUCAAAGCCGGUGCUUUUCGCUACUAGUGGGCUAUAACAUAUAGCCUAGUAGUAGCUCAACCAAUUAGAACGCGGUAUUGAUAAAAGACCACUAGUUGGAUUUUACUAAUUGCUGGAUAGUGUGCAGCUGUGGCUAUGGUUUAUGUAGUAAACCCAGGAAACUGCACCGUGUCAUAUAUUAAAAACUUACAGUGAAAAUAAAGAUGUUAGAAGUACAAUAUGUAUAUGUAGUUAGAUUACAGAUUGGACCUUUUGUUGCUCGCCGAUCUCAACACAGACAUUCUACACAUAACAAAAAACAACAGUCUUAGAAAUAUGAUUAGGAGCCAAUGUUUAAAAUAUGUUGAUCAUGUUUGCCGUUGUCCAAACACUACGCUGACAAAGAAGAUGCUGUUUGCGAAGUCUAGGCGUCUAUUCGAAACGAGACCCUUGGAUAAAUAUCGCUAAAUUAUCGAUUGUCGCCAUUGAGUAGGCAAAGAGUUUUACACAAGAUAACAGUGGUUUCGCUGCACUGGGCGACCGUGUAGUCGCAAGUGCAACUCUGUGGUAGCAGGUUUACUGUCUGGAGGAUUUUAACUGUACUGUACUGCACUGUACUGUACUAGUACAAUUGAACAUGGCAAUAAUUGUUGCGGUAUGUUUCUUUUCCAGCUGUCAGAAAACUAAAUGAAAAACGGCGAACAGUGGAAGGCAAACUAGAGCGACGGCAAAUAGUACAAGACUAUUCCAACUAUGACUCCCAGACCUAUGCUCCCAUAUCGCGUGUUGGCGUGUUUCUGGACCGCGGCUCUGAACAGUUUAAUGUCAAAAGUUACCACUUAAAUACCUAUCAGGGUCUGUUAGAACUGGAGGCCUCAUUACCAGAUUUUGUGACUCAGCCCAGAAUUCAAGCUCCAAAACCAAAAUCAAGUGGAAAAGGAGGAUUUGUGAAGAGAAAGCAGCGGCGACAGCGUGAGUUAGAAGAGGUGGCUAAUGCGAUUGAGUUGGCUAAGAGACCACCAGAGCCUGAGAAACCGCUCAAGUUCUUGGUGAAGGUAGAGAAGCCGAUUCCACGUCCGCCUACUCCUUCUGUAGAGAUUCCAUCCCAGGUAGGGCAACAAAUCGGCCAGAUCAGCCUUUUAAUUUUUUUCAUCUGAAGUUUUUAAUUCAGUCUCGUAUGGCUCGACUCGACACUCGCAGCACUUAGGUCUCAAGUGACGAUUAGCUUACAUUCAACCUCUGCUGGAACUCCUUCUUAGCCAACCACUUCGUAAGUUCUAAACGAUGCAAAUUAUUCUUCGUGAGAAAAAAAAACUUACUCUUUUUGGCAAAUAAUACAAUACUGGCAUACAGUGGAACCUCGAUUUAACUAAGUGCCAAGGGACACCUCGAUUAAACGAAUUUUUGAAAAAAAACAACCAAAAUGUUCGUUAUAUCUAGGACUUCGUUAUAUAGAGGUUCGUUAAAUCGAAGUUCCACUGUAGUUGUUCGUUUCUUAAGAGUUAGGAAAGAGCAGGUAACAGUAAGAGCGAUAAAAACUCAUAAAUAUUUUCAGCGCAAAGUUUGUCUCUGUGCUUCCUUGUCUCAUGUUUGUCGGCAACCAUGACGUAUUACUUUGUAAGGUAAAAGUAGUCAGACCGUAAUCUACAACUGAAUCAUACGCAAGUGUAAUUCGUCGUUUCUCUUACACUCAUCAGUCUUAUUUGCAGAAAAUUUUCUCCUGCGUUUUUUAAUCAAUAACAUGUACCGAAUAAUCCCUGAUAAAAUGUUUGGUUUGUGUUUCAGUUUGAAGAGGAAGAGGAGCUUGCCUUAAUAUUCUUGCAGAAAGUUCUCCGUGGCCGGGCAAUUCAGAAUAUGGUGAGUUUUUUUUUCCAUACGACUCCAAGCUACCGUUAUUUCGUCUUUUUCUUCCCCCUCAGUUUAUAAUUAUUUUUUUCUCAGUGUUUUGCAUUAUAUGUAUUUUCCCUCGAUAUGUGAACUUUUGUCCUGUGGAUUUUCUCAGACAAAGGGAUUUGGCUGGACGAUCCAAAUAAUGUCAUUUGUCUUGUAGACUUUGUUGUCUUCGUGGACGGGAGACUCGUGUAGCUAAUUCGUCAAAGUUUACCUUUUCCUGCCUUUUUACGAUUUCUAAGCAACGAAAUCUUUCCCUGUGUCUUCCUUUUCAGAUGUUCGAAGGAAAAGAGAAGCGAUUAGAACUGAUUCAAGAGUUACGAAGUACGCAUGCUCUUCAACAAGCUGGGCAAAUGGAAAAGAGAAAUGAGCGACAGUCCGUGUUAAGUCUACAGCGACAAAGGAGACUGGACACUAAUAAGGUACCUUUUACGUACAACCAUUCUCAAAGAACACCUAAUCGAGUCGAGAUAUUAGUUAGCGGCGACGCAACGAUCUCGCGCGUAAAUAUUUUGCCCCGAGGAUGGUCCACAAUAGGCGCAAAGCGUUUCUUAUGACGAGGCUUGGGCACCCUGGUUGAAAUUUACCUUGCUUAUCCGUUGUGGUGUUUUCAGAUGCUUGAGUUAGGGGAUAUUAGUACGUUAGGGAUUUACUGUAAAUUGUGUAAGGAAGGAAGGAAACGAAAGUUCUUGUGUUUAGUAUGAUGUUACAUGUAACAUGCCUCCGAGCUCUUAUAUUGAGAUUAGAGAGAUUUAGAAUCACCUUUAUGCCAAACGGCAAAAGUCGACAUGUAUGACAAGGUGAUCGCAAAAUCAAGUUUCCCUCUGUAGCUCUGCUUUGCUCUUCAUUUUAUCUGCUCAAAAAUGUUUGUUCAUGCUAGUGUCAUCCAUAAGAAUUAUUUUAGACACAAACUGUUUUUAUCGGUUGCUUUCCUAAUUUGAGAAAUUUUCAACCUGAAUCUGAUGUAGCCGUUUGCCGUAUAUGUGUAUAAAGUGCCAGCUAUUGAGAAAUUGUUUGCCAAGUUCCCAAACAAGACUGCAAGUUUCAGUUUGCUUAAUGACUUUCGAAGCAAGCUGUUUGUUUUGUGUUGUUUAAUUUUUUUUUUCGUUCUUUUUUUUUUGCAGGAGUCGUUUGUUGAAGAAGCACUAGCUCAAAUGGAGGGCUCCACUCUAGCUGAUAUGUUUGACUUUUUGAGUAAGGAGCUCAUCCGACUUCAGGUAAGAAACACGAGUAAUAACAGAAAAUAAUCAACGCCAAUCUUUAACUAUAAGACCACUUUUCCAUAAUUUCCCUGAGCGCAGCAUUGUUCUUUCAUGAUACAUUUCCCAGUAAUGUCCCAGCUUCCAAAAUUAUUUGCAACCACCGACCUUUUUUCCUGAACACAGCUUUUUUAUAUGGAGAAAACUUAUCCCGGGUAGUAGGGUGACUCGCCUACCCCAGCUACCCUAGGCGAGCCAACGUUUCCUAUGAUUAACAAAAAGUAAGCGUGACCCGCUUAGCCGGGACACCCUCCUUUUCGGGCCUAUUUUUCUCCAUAUUAUUAGAGAGCUUUAGAUUCGAGGACAAGGACGACUGUUCGUACGAGAUUUUCUCAGUACUAAGUAGUGCACGCGCGUGUGCCAGCGUCAAAAGUUUUAUCAUUUUGCUAUCGGGAGAGGGCUUAAUCUCCUUCAGUGUAAAUAACUGUACUAACUUUUUCGGUGAAAAAACGUUAAAUGAAGCUUUCCGGGGAGUCUUUUCGUUUGAGAACACGCGCAAAAACUUGAAGUUAAAUCUCGUACUCGCUCUCGUCCUCAAAUCUAAAGCUUUCUAUUAACUCUUUCGUUCGCACGGUCAAGGCGAGAGACAAUUAAAGCAUGCGCUAGGGCUGUUGGCUUGUUCAAAGGGGCAGGGGUUUCGUUUCAGGCCGGACGCCGGACGCAACGUCCGGUUGUUUGACAAGUAACGUCCGGUAGUUCACAUACGAAAUAAUUAUUUUUUAAGUGUGAAAAUCGUUUUUUUUUCCGUUUAUUAACCAAAGAAAGACUCGACCCUUAUUUUACUCACUUAUUUAUGUAAUGCACACAAUCGAAAAAAAAGAGAGAAAUUCCUGUCAUAAUUCCGGUUACCCAGUUUCGGUCCAGGGAACGCAAGAAAUUGCAUUUUAGAGAGUCCAAUUUUACCAAUUUUCCGGGGGGCAUGUCCCCGGACCCCUUAGAAGUUCGUGCCUCCAGCACUCAACGUUCGCGCAGGUGCACGUCCACCAGCUGAACCACUUCUCCCGGUACUUUUAAAUGCUACCGAAAACCCUGAAGGGGUCAACUUUUCUCUCUUGUAAACGAUUGUUAGAGGUGACUCGGCUGGGAGGGUGACCGGCUCUUUUUCCGGGAUAACUUUUCUCCAUAUAAAUGGGGCCUGACUCGCAAAAAUUUGUAAUUUGUAAUUUCUUUUUCACUUUUCAAUAAUACGCAUUAAUUCAACCAUUUAUUUCUGUUAAUUUUCCCAGUAAUAAACCAUUCUGAAUCUCAAAGACACGUUAUGAUUGUUUUUAAUUCAUUUAAAAGUAGCUUUCAACCUCAAUUGUAAGCUAUCUUCCUAAACUUGGCAUUCUAAAUACGAAAUUUCCUUGAUGCUUUGCAAUAAUUCAUUAUUAACUUGCCUUUUUGCGUGGGGAUAAUCACCCAUUCUCAAAAGCGCUCCAUUCUUUCACAGCUUUGCUGCUCACGUUUGUGGACGAAUGAAAAUCAUCUACCUUACCCACAUGUUAUCAAAUUCUUUGCAACAUUUACAUUACCUAAGUGCCUAUUAUGCCCGUGUAUUGUACUAUUGUAGACCUCACACGGUUCUGUGGUCAAUGCUUUUAGAUGUAUAGUUUUUAUGGAUCAAUUUUACCCUUGUCUUAAAUGUUAUUUCCUUUGUUUUGGGUUAUAGUAAUGUAUGAUAAUGAGUUUGAAGCAAAGAAAAGCAUAAUCUAAACCAAGGAUGAAAUUAAACCUCAAAACGUAGCCGCAGUUUUAGUUCGCCAUAAGGGGAUUCUUCUUUAAUUGGAAAAGAAAAAUUAAGUGUUAUGGUUGACCACAUUUUAGGAAGAAAGACGCAUCCACGCAUUCGCCAUGUUGGCCGAGCGGAAGAGACGAAUCCGAGAAGCAGAAGAAAGUGGACGAAGGCAAUUAGAGGAAAGAAGAAGACGCGAAGAAGAUGAAGUCUUUAAACAGGUGAACUCUUGCGUUAGGGUAACUAAGGAAUAAACGGGAGCUAUACUUGUGAAACUAGGGCGUUCAAUUUUCCACUUCGGUUGAAGGCACGCUGUUUUUCUGUUUUGACCGGGACACUACUCUUGCGUGUUUAUGCCAUGCAGACUUCUCUAGAAAAACAAUAAUUUUAAGCUCCGUUUUUAUGAUUUGACAAAUCUCACCAGUUUUGAAUGCUCGUUAGCCACUCUUCUAUUUUGAACUGGAUUCAGAUUAAUAGCCUAAAAGUGAAUAUUCUUAACAAGGAAUGUUUCAAAGUUAUGGUUACUAUUUUGCUUUUCUUUUUUCAUUUCCGAGACGCUCAUUCAAUUCAUAGUCGGGAAUUUUUACCGAACCCCGUUUGGACACAAUCGGAAUUAUAAAGAUUAUGAAAAUAAGAUGGAAAAAUUAAUGUCCAGCUAUUAUUUUGGUUUUAAUCAGAUUCGAUAUCAGUUUCACUAAUGCUUUUUGCGACUGCUUUUGAAUCAUUCGGCCAUGGGAACUAGUUUUCACGUUUUUUUGAUUGUAUAAACAUUUUGGGUUCUAGCAAAUUCUUUUUGUUAUCAUUCCAAAAUUAUGGUUCAAAGUUUGCUGAACUAUAAAUUCAACAUGUUUUAACUUUAUUUAUAGUCCUUGUUUUCAACGAUUUUAUGUUAUCGCGGCGUUUUAAAUUUAAAAUGUCAUUAUAAAUUGCCGUACGCAGAACCCCUUUACCCUCGGUACCAGAGGUUUUUCUCGCGUGCGGCGGGAAUUUUCGAUGUUGGCCGAAGGCCGACACAUCUUCGGCCGUAGGCCAAAGCCAGGGUAGCAGAACUCACAAGAGUCGUAGUAAAACAGACUCCCUCUUAGGUAACAGAAUCCUAAUAAUUGAAUUCGUAGCGAGGUAUAAUAAAAAUGGAAUAUAAAUAAGGAAAACGUUUUUCAUUGUGUUGACAAUUAUACGUAGACAUCUUUUAUAUAGUAAUUUGCUACCUAUAAAUUUAUCAUUUCCUUUGUACCAAGAACUGACGUUUAAACAGUCUUAAUUUCCUCAAAACAAUCUACACGAUUAAAUAUUCUUCGAAAGGUCGAAAGGAGGAUGAUAUGUAAAGUAGUAGUACCUUUCUAUGGCUCAUUGAAAACUACGCGUGGUGUAACUUUUGUGAUUGAUGAUUUUGUUAGGUUGUUAAGGUUCACCAGUCCACAGUUGAUACUUACCUUGAAGAUAUCAUCAUGGGAGCCAUCGAGCAGACUGCAGAGCAACAGGUGGGAUUUACUUUCUUGGCAAGCAAGUAAAGCAGCACCAGCUAGUAUAGUAUAAGGAUACCUUCUUCAAACUUGACCCUGACAAUACUUCACAAUGGUUUUUAAUAAAUGCUAACGCUCAAAGACCACCUCCUUGAACAAAAACGGCAAUUGUUAAAUUUUUUAACCUUUGUUUUUUCUUCAACAGGCCCGUAAAGAAAUCCAAGAGCAGGCAGAAAAGAUUAACCAGAUCGCUUACGAUAUGGAGAAAACGUGAGAAUUAUUUUGGAAAGUUUGAGUCACAACCAUUGUGUUACGAUAAAAAGAACAUCUGAACCAGUCUUUCCAAUCUGCAUUAGAGACCUUUAAUGAUGUAAAACGUCUAAAGGAUGACCUUGAAAACAGAAAAAAAAGUAUAAGAAGACGGCAUGCAGAGUUCAGUUAAAAGACAUUCAGAAAAAUACGAAAAUUAACCUGCUUUUAAUGGCUUUCAUUUUCCCUUUGUAGGCGAACCAAACUGCAGUCCGAAGAAAUCGUCGCCGAGCUUGUCAGUUCAUUCCUGUUACCUGAAGUUCAAAAGAUUACUAUGAGAGAAAACGGUAAGAAUUAAUGCGUAGAUUGCGUAUAAGGGUGGAAAUCCGCCGUAUAUUUUAACGUGCGUACGCGCGAAAAACUUGCGUGCGUAAAUAAAAUACAGAUAUUGUGUGAAAGGCCAAAACGUUAAAGUUGAGGAGAGUUCAAGUUUUAAGGUGGAUUUCCUCACAUUUUAACUUGCGCACGCACGUGAAAUUUACGCUCGCAAAUAAAAUAGAGGCAAUGUAGACGUAAAAGUUGUUAACUUCCACGACUUUUAAUACAGUGCUUCAAUUUUGUUAGGGGCCAUAAAUUUACGUUCGUUCGUACGUGAAAAUUAUGCGACUGUAGAAAUCCUCCAUUGGUUUAAAGGGCAGUAAAGAGAAACUCGUAGCCUAACGCAACGACAGUAGCAGACAAAAACGCAGGGACACUUCCACCAAAUGCUGUUUUUUUCCCUUCUCGCCCGUCUCCCCACCCUCCCAAUGUACUGAACUGUACUGAAGUUUCGUCAGCAAUGACGAGAACCAUUUUUUGUCAAAUUUGUUAAUCAGAAAUACUGCUUUUUUUCAAUGACAGUAAAACGAAGCCAAAGGAAACAUCUUGUAGCGGCUCACAGGAUUAUUUAUGGGAAAACAGAGACCGUCAUGGAACAACAACCCAAAGUAGAACCCUCAAAGGAAGAGAAACAACCCGAAAAACAACCGGGUGUGCAACAGGAAACCGAAAAGCCGUCCUCGGCUCAACAAGUUUCAUCCCGACCACCUUCGGAAAAGAGAAUCUCGUCACGACCGUCGUCUGGGAUAAAGCAAUCUUCUUCGCGACCUGAGUCGAGUAGGUCGCAGAAAUCCGAAAGUGGAAGCCCAAAACCAAGAUCUCGCAAAUCAAGCCCGAAGUCCGAGCAAUCAUCGAGGGCUGGUUCGGCCAAGUCCCGUUCUUCUCGCAUAGGUUCGGCGAAGUCUCGUCCAGAUUCGUCCUCAUCCCGUGCCUCGGCGGGACCCUCUAAUGAUGCCGAAAAUGAUUCGGACCCUUGUCCAUAAGCUAAGCAAUGCCACAAAUAUAUAAAUAUAGUUUUUAUUGUACAAUUUCAUCAACAAAUUACUCUUAUCCACCGUGUUCAGGAAUGCACACCAUUGAACUAUUGACCUUGAUGGACAGUUCGCUGGUUAUGAUAGUUCUUUUUCACUUAGACACCUAAAAAAAGUUCAAUGACGCAACAACAAUGACAAGUGUUCGCUUCAGGAUUUUACUGAAAUGAGAAAUGGAAUGUACAUGUGAUGUAAAUAAAGCCAUCGAGU